CAAACCCCUGACUAGCGCCGAUAAUACUUGUACCUCGCACAAAAUGUCACUGAGCGCUAACGUUCACUCUUAUCAUCACGAUCCACCAGGCUGAUAUCAACUUGCAAUGCCUACUCCCAAACACAAUGAACAAUUUUACUUCACUUUCAUCACAUUUCUGGUUGAGGACCACUUAUUCAGAGUGCCUCGCGACACCCUAGAGUCGCAGUCAGACGUCUUUCGCGAUUUGUUUCUACUACCUGUUCAAGCCGACGGAGCUGAGGGUUACUCAGACACAAAUCCUAUCGUUCUCGAGGGCAUUCAGAGGGAAGAGUUCCAGUCCCUCAUGAAGGUUUUAUAUCCCAUGCCAUUUACCCGUUUAUCAGCUUCCCCGGAUGCCACCCUCGAGGAGUGGAUAGGCAUAUUGAAGCUAUCCAAAAUGUGGAGCUUCACCCGCGUUCAGGAAUUCGCCAUUGAACAGAUGGAGCCUAUGCUCGCUAUGAGACCUCUAGACAAAGUUGCUCUUGCUCAAGAUUAUGGGAUCACAGAAUGGCUGGUCUCUGGUCUGCUGCAACUGGCAAGGAGAGAAGAGCCCGUUGGACUCGAAGAUGUACAGAAACUUGGACUGGAUACGGCGUUAAAGCUUGCUGAUAUUCGGGAGAGUUCACAUUCUACCACGCCUUUGGCUUAUUACAUGCACCACAUGACAGGGGACCGUUCAAAUGUUGUCACUGCGAUUGGUCCUCGAGGAUCUAAUUCAUACGAUUAUACCAAUCGAAUCCGUCAAGUAUUUAAUUUGCAGGAGUGAUUACAAACUCUUAAUUUUAUAUCAUACUUUGGACUACAAGUUGGAUCGGCGGCGAUGCACUUCUGUAUGAUUUGCCUUACGAUAACUUAGCCCCUGUACAAUGCCAUCAGGGACGGGGAAAUGCGUUGUGUAUCAGGUUCAGUAACAGUUAGAUUGGCAACGUUUUAUGUGGUAACUUUGCCCGAAUAUUCUAGAUAAUUCGCGAUACGGAUGCUACCGCAAACUGGAUUGCUCUUGCACUAGCAUCAUUUCUGGUCUGUUCAGAGUAGCAAAGUGCUUGCCGUGCACUAGCAACACCGUCAAACCAGUGUGGGUCCAUGAAGGGGGUGAUCGGUGACCGGUGAUAGAUGGUGGU